AUGGUUGACAUGCUCAACGACAAGGACAUUGCGAAUUGUUUCGUCCCUCUCUCAGCUAGCGACAGUCUACGUGAAUAUUCAACUGUGGUAAUAAUUUGCUGUCUUAUAUUUAUAAGACAGCUGAAGAAAGGAGUGGGUAGCAAUGAAGCAACAAAAUAUGGAGACGACAAAGUUUCUGUUUGUUUCGCCGUGGAAGAAAGGAAGCUUCCGUUAAUUCGACGUGGAAGAGCCUGA